CUCCUCACUCUCUUCUCGUUUGUUAGUCCAGCUAAAAAGCCCGCCUCCUGGCCCAUAAGGCCACGGGGCCGGAAGUUCUGCCCUCUCUUCCUGUUCCCCAUCAUGUCGCAAGAUCAAGGCGAAAAGGAGAACCCCAUGCGGGAACUGCGCAUCCGCAAGCUCUGCCUCAACAUCUGUGUUGGGGAGAGCGGAGACAGACUGACCCGGGCAGCCAAGGUGUUGGAGCAGCUCACAGGCCAGACACCUGUGUUUUCCAAAGCUAGAUACACUGUCAGGUCCUUUGGCAUCAGAAGAAACGAAAAGAUUGCUGUUCACUGCACUGUCCGUGGAGCCAAGGCAGAAGAAAUUCUGGAGAAAGGCCUGAAGGUGCGGGAGUAUGAAUUACGGAAAAAUAACUUCUCAGAUACUGGAAACUUUGGCUUUGGAAUUCAAGAACACAUUGAUCUGGGCAUCAAAUAUGACCCAAGCAUUGGGAUCUACGGCCUGGACUUCUAUGUGGUUCUGGGUAGGCCAGGUUUCAGCAUCGCAGACAAGAAGCGCAGGACAGGCUGCAUUGGGGCCAAACACAGAAUCAGCAAAGAGGAGGCCAUGCGCUGGUUCCAGCAGAAGUAUGAUGGGAUCAUCCUUCCCGGCAAAUAAAUUUUAUCCAAAAGGCCAAUAAAAAAUUUUCUCAGAAA